AUGAAGUUGAUCUGGAGUACAGCUCUACUAGGAACCGCCCUCCUAGUCAUUGGCAGCGGUGCCUUCAGCCUGCCAAACGUUCCCGAUGGCCUUACCAAGGAAGAGCGAUAUGCUGCUGCGAUUUCAGUCAGCAUGGCUGAGGAGAUAAGCCGUGAGUACCUGAAAUAUCACCAUACUGGAAUCGAAACGGAGAGGCUUAAGCAACUGGGAUACGAUCUCCGGAACAGCCACAGCAAAAAGGCCAUUUUUACGGAAUCCCUGGCGGAUCUGAGCUCCACCGAUCAGUAUUUCGUGUGCACUCUGUGUAGAUCCACUGUGAAUGUCCUGGUGCGAACUUUCACGGAAGGAGAGCUGAGUGGAGCGGAAAGGGACGCUGAAGUAAAGCAAUUGACCCUUGGAAUAUGUGAUUACUUUGAUAUCAGCACCCCGGAAGUGUGCUCUGGAUUGUUUGAACUUAAUUGGCCAGUGUUUGAUUUCAUCUUCAAUGAAACGGCCGCCGAGUCGCAAAGUUUCUGCUCAAUGCUACCCAUUACCAUUUGCCAGGUGAAACAGGACGAGUACAAUCUCACUCUGACCAUUGAGGGCGCCGUGCCCACGGAGUCCAAUUCGAACUUGCCCGCGCGCAGUCCCGACGACAUCCAGAUCCUCCAUCUCACGGACAUUCAUUAUGAUCCCGAAUAUCUGGUCGGUAGCAAUGCCAAUUGCGACGAACCCAUGUGCUGUCGGGAUGUGUUGGCUUCUGGAGCGGAUUCCUCGUCGGCAGCCGGUUCCUGGGGCGACUACCGAGCCUGCGAUGCCCCCCGACCGCUCAUCGUUAGUGCCUUCGAGCACAUCAAGGCUAAUCACAAGUUCGAGUGGAUUUACCACACCGGCGAUGUCCCUCCGCACAAUGUUUGGUCCACCACCAAGCAGGGAAAUUUGGACAUGCUUUCGGAGAUUGACGGUUUGCUGGCAGAAUACUUCCCGGAAACGCCCAUCUAUCCCUGCCUGGGAAAUCACGAACCUCACCCGGCUAAUGUUUUUGGCAACGAUGCAAUUCCUGACUCCUUGAGAGUGGAUUGGCUGUACGAGCACGUCUGGAGUCUGUGGAAGAAGUGGCUGCCGGCGGCGGCAGAGGACACUGUGAAGAAGGGUGGCUACUACACCGCCUCCCCAAGCCAAGGUCACCGGGUAGUGGCUCUCAACAGCAUGGACUGCUAUUUGUACAACUGGUGGCUCUACUACAACGCCACCCUCAUCCAGGAGCAGUUGCAGUGGUUCCACGACACUCUCUUAGCUGCCGAGACUGCCGGGGAGACGGUGCAUGUCCUCUCCCACAUCCCAUCGGGAGAUGGCGACUGCUGGAGUGGCUGGUCCAAGGAGUACAACCGUGUCCUCACCCGUUUUAGCAACACAAUCACCGGGGUCUUCAGCGGGCACACUCACAAGGACGAGAUGAAUCUCCACUACUCCGAUGAAGGAUACGCCACAGUAGUUAACUGGAACGGUGGCAGUCUAACUCCCUAUUCGGACAAGAACCCCAAUUACCGACUCUAUGAGCUGAAUCGGGAAACCAAGCAGGUGGUGGAGCACCACACCUACACCACAAAUCUCACAGAGGCUAAUCUGGCACCAGAUGUGCAGCCCAACUGGGGUCUGGAGUAUCAGUUUACCCAGGAAUUUACGGAGGACACAAGUCCUGCCGGCAUCGAUCGUCUCCUGGAGGACAUGGCCGAAAAGCCCGCCCUUUUGCGUAAAUUCUGGCGCUACAAGUUCACGCAGUCGGAUCCCAAACUGACCCAGGGAUGCGAUGAUUCGUGUCUGAGUAAGACUAUUUGCAGGCUUGCCACAAGUAAUUACCAGGAGCGCACUCGUUGCAAGGAACUCCAGGCCAAGUUGGAGGAAAGUCUGGCUAACGAGGAUCCUGGCACUGACGACAAUGACAAUGGCGGAGGAGGUGCCUCCGGACUUAAGACCCUUAGCUUGGCUUCCCUCGUGGCUCUACUGGCUGCAUCUACAUUUCUUGGAUAAGACUUAUCUGCCCACACUGGACUAUUCAUAGCCAUCGAUAAUCGCCAGCCGUUCGGGCCAUAAAAAUUAAACACUAAAAAACCACCCCGGAGAUAAACACAAAUAAUAAACACACACGAUUCUUUGUAGUCAA